GGUAGGUCCUCCUGCCUUGCCUGUUCCUCACCCUGGCUUGUCCAGUGCUUAAGAGGGGUGCUUCCUGUGGCUGUUUGGCUCAAGGUUGCAACCUCCGCGCCCGCUUUGCAUGGUCAGACUCGCUCUGCACUCUGUACAUCGGUUUACCGACCACCAUCUUCACCUUCCGACAUCCUCAUUUCUAGUUUUGCUUGUCCUUCUCUUUCUCCCUCCUCUUCCUCCUCCUCAUUCCUUCCUCUUCCUCCUCCCCUCGCUUCCUCCACUGCUGCCAUCUCUGCUCCAGCGUAGCGGGCACAGCCAGUGCCCAGGGCGCGGGGCGCUCUCUCUGGACCUCCCAGGGCGUCUUUGGAGGCUGAUAGAUGGCGCAGAUGUGAUGCAGGCCAGACGCGGAGGAGGAGGUGGUGAUGGAUAUGCGGGAGAGGACGGUGUAGAUGACGAUGGCGAAAAGACGAUGAUUACGAUAACGAUAGCGCUGUUGGUGACCAUGCUCAUGGCGCAAGUCCUGAGGAUGCUGCGUGAUAUGACGAGUACCACCCAGAUGUCAAUGACUCCGCCCAAGAUGCAUUGACGACUGGGAGUUUUGGUGUGUCGAGGAGAACCGCUGAGGACACGGCCGGCCGGCGCCCGUCAGCGUGGCAAUUCUUGGGCCGGGUGCGGAGGCACUGGAUUCGACAGCCUGCCAUGGCAUCAGGUGGUGACGAGAGAGGGUGUGG